UGGUUCAGAAGAUAUGGCCUCACGGCAUGAUUAGUAUCGGUCCGCCCCUCUGUUAUUCCCAGAGUUGGCCAAGAAUGAACUCUUUCUACCACUGCAUAGAACACAAGCAUGGAAUAGCUCGGUCUACUUGUCUACUAAACGGGUUUGACGUUAUAGUUUUCAUUGAAGCGUGAGCCAUACGUCGUUUAGUUUGUCAUUUAUGUCUACGCGACAUUCUUUAAAUAAAGCACCCUAAUUGGCCCUAGGCGUGGUGAUUCAAGUCACACUGAAAACUGAGAGACCACCUUGUUGUGACUGUGCACCGUAUGUGAUGGGAUACACUGAGGCUUGAUCACAUCUAUUUAUAGGGUCCCAUUCGGCACGAGUGGCGUUACAGGUGUAUGGUUGAGAAAACGCGGAAGUGACGUGGGUGCUCACAAAACAAGGAUUAAACCAUUGGAUUACUGUAAUUUGACGGCUAGAGCUGGAAUCCACCGCUCGGUCUCCGAGUGAAAAAUAAAAACGGUGACAAGCUUGAAGGGUCACGCCAGUUUGUGAGGAGAACAGACAGCACUGUACCAGGACAUGGUUAUCAGUUCUCGGAAAGAGCUCCAGUAGAAGUGUAAACUCGGCCCGGUGUGCGGCCCAUGCACACGCCCAGUGGCAUUAUGGGUAGCUCCCCCGAGGUGCUCUCCUGGACCUCCUGCCCCGGCCUGCUGGUGGGCAAACUCAAGGAGGAGCUCAAGCUCACAGUGGCGGGGGACGCCAUGAAGAAGACCACCCCCCCCACGGUGGGCACCCCCCAGGGCCCGCUCUCCCCCACGCUCCUCCCCACCGACCCCACCACUGGCCCCAACGCCAACACGAACGCCAACCCGCCCCCCCCAGAUCAUCACGGACCUGGCCCCCCCCAUGCACUUGCCCGUGCCCCUCCACCACCAGCUGAACCCCCCGCGGCUGUGCGGCUGUGACGACAACGACUCUGCUGCGCUGGGGGGCACGAGCCCGCCCGUCACGGCGCUGAGCGAGGACUCCACGCGCGAGCAGCACCACUUCGACAACAGCAUGCUCCAGCUCCAGGAGCACGAGGAGGCCGGGUCGCCGGGCUCAUGCGGCCACGGAGGGUGCGUCAGCGGCGGGGAGGAGGGCAACGAGGAGGGGGGCGGAGGAGGCGGAGGGGGUGAAGGAUGCCCCGAGGACCACCACGGCGGGGGCGGGAUGCACCCCCGAUACCACCAUCCCCACGACGACAUUAAGCUGCACUUCCACAGGGCGGGCCAGGGAGGGGGCUUCCUGGAGGGGCUCUUCGGAUGCCUGAAGCCCGUGUGGAACAUCAUCGGGAAGACCUACUCCACCGAGUACAAGCUGCAGCAGCAAGACAUGUGGGAGGUUCCGUUUGAGGAGAUCUCGGAGCUGCAGUGGCUGGGCAGUGGGGCGCAGGGGGCCGUGUUCCUGGGCAAGUUCCGCUCCGAGGAGGUGGCCAUCAAGAAGGUCCGGGAGCAGAAGGAGACGGACAUCAAACACCUGCGCAAACUCAAGCACCCCAACAUCAUUGCCUUCAAGGGUGUGUGUACCAUGGCUCCGUGCUACUGCAUCAUCAUGGAGUACUGUGCCCAGGGCCAGCUGUACGAGGUGCUGAGAGGAGGGCGCAAGAUCGCCCCGUGCCUGCUGGUGGACUGGGCAACGGGCAUUGCCAGUGGCAUGAACUACCUACACCUGCACAAGAUCAUCCACAGAGACCUCAAAUCACCAAAUGUGUUGGUUACGCACAACGACAUGGUGAAAAUCUCGGACUUCGGGACCUCCAAAGAGCUCAGUGACAAGAGCACCAAGAUGUCCUUUGCGGGUACGGUGGCCUGGAUGGCCCCCGAGGUGAUCCGGAACGAGCCAGUGUCAGAGAAAGUGGACAUCUGGUCGUUCGGGGUGGUACUAUGGGAGCUGCUGACGGGGGAGAUCCCCUAUAAGGACGUAGACUCUUCAGCCAUCAUCUGGGGGGUGGGCAGCAACAGCCUGCACCUGCCCGUGCCCUCCACCUGCCCCGACGGCUUCAAGAUCCUCAUGAAACAGACAUGGCAGGGGAAGCCUAGGAACAGGCCCUCAUUCCGGCAGAUCCUCCUGCACCUGGACAUCGCCUCGGCCGACGUGCUGGGAGCCCCUCAGGAGACCUACUUCAAGUCUCAGGCGGAAUGGCGUGAGGAAGUAAAGAAGCACUUUGAGAAGAUCAAGAGUGAGGGCACAUGCAUCCACCGGCUGGACGAGGAACUCAUCCGGCGCAGGAGAGACGAACUCAGGCAUGCUCUGGACAUCAGGGAGCACUAUGAGAGGAAGCUGGAGAGGGCUAAUAACCUCUACAUGGAGCUGAGUGCCAUCAUGCUGCAGCUGGAGGUCCGGGAGAAGGAGCUCAUGAAGAGGGAGCAGGCGGUGGAGAAGAAGUACCCCGGCAGCUACAAGCGUCCCAUGGUGCGGCCCGUCGUCAGGCCCAACGCCGUGGAGAAGCUCAUCAAGAAGAAGGCCAGCGUGGCACACAAGCCCGGGACCCAGACGCCCAAGAGGCCUGACCUGCUACGGUCUGAUGGCAUCCCCAGCACGAGCCCCCACCCCUCCCCGUCGCCCCUCUCCGGCAGCCCCAAGGUCUCCACACCGCCAGGCAAGGCCCGCUACCGCAGCAAGCAGCGCCACCGACGGGCAAACAGCAAGGGCAGCCACAACGACUUCCCGGGGGUCCUGAAGAGCAACAGCACGGGGAUCGUUGGCAGUGGCAGCGGCGGAGCAGCCAGCAGCGAAGAGCAGCAGCCUCUCCAGCAGUCUCUCCAGCAACACCACCACCACCACCUCCUCCUCCACCACCACCAGCAGCAUCUGCCGCUGAAGACCCGGGAAAACGCGGUGGCCACCUGUGCCAACAACCUGCGCUACUUUGGCCCGGCGGCCCCGCUGCGCAGCCCCCAGACGGACCACUUCAAGCGCCUGACGUCCGGCUCCAACCCCGACCUCAUCUCCACGGCCGUGGACGCAGACUCCCACCGCGUCGGCAGCGGUGGUGGCGUUCUGGAGGCCACGUCGACCGUCGAGGAUGCCACCGCGUCUCCGAUCCCCGCCGCCGCCGCCGCGGGUCUCGCCGUGUCUGCCUCCUCCCUGAGCAGCUCUGGGCUUGGUCCGCUGUGCCCGUGCUGCCAGGCGCACCCUUACCCCGACUGCCCGCACUGCCAGGAAGAUGCCCCCGUCCCCGCCAACCACCCCGAGCUGCCCCACUACUCGCUGCUCAGCACCUGCGAGAGGAGCCCCCAGCCUGCCGCGCCCCGCCUGGGUGAGCCCGUCUCAGACACGGAGGGCCUGGGCCAGGAGGGGGGGCGGCAGGGGGGGAGGGCCGAGGGGCAGGGGUCCCCGCGACCCAGCCUCCCCUCUGGGCUCAUCCGCAUGCUCAGGCCCCUCAGGAAGACUGGCGAUGAGUCAUCCGAAGAGGAAGAAGGGGAGGUGGACAGCGAAGUGGAGUUUCCACGGAGACAGAGGCCCCACCGCUGCAUGAGCAGCUUCCAGUCCUACUCCACGUUCAGCUCGGAGAACCUGUCGGUGUCCGACGGCGAGGAGGGCAACACGAGCGACCGCUCCAACAGCGGCCCGCUGGAGCGCCUGAGCGCCAGCCAGGAGGAGCAGCUGGACGACCUGCUGUCCAACACGCCCGAGAUCCCCAUCGACAUCUCCACGCAGUCCGACGGCCUCUCCGACAAGGAGUGCGCCGUGCGGCGCGUCAAGACCCAGAUCUCCCUGGGCAAGCUGUGCUCCGACGAACAUAGCUACGAGAACCCGCUGCACUUUGGGGAGUCCGACUGUGACUCCUCAGACGCCGAGUGUUCCGACGCUACCAUCCGCAACCCAAAGCCCUGCGCCCCCUCUACCUGGUGAGGGCCGGACCAACCUCAGAACCCCGCCUCCGCACCGAGGGAAACCAUGGCAAUAACCAACCAGAUCGGCUGCAUACAGCCACGCCCCCACCCCCACCCCCACCCUCGCUGAUACCCUAUGCUCCACCCCCCCGCCCUCCCUUAGAGUCCAUGCCCCCAACCUCACUACCCAGUCACCUUGGCAACCUAAAGCAGGGAUUCCUUCGAAUGACACUGUAGCAAACUAUAUAGCAUUCAAAACUUUUAUUUUUGUUUGAGGUCUCAAGGAAGUGAAAACAAAAUCAGGAACUCUGUAUAGAUUAAAACAAAAUCGAAAAAAAAACAACUAAACAAAAAAAAAGAAUAACUUUGCAAUGUAGGCGUGUGUGGAGUAUGUGUUUUAGAUCGGACUGACACGGGACACUAGUAUCUGUGACCCCAGUGAGACUGGACAUUCAUGUAAAAUAUGAGACGUGUAUGUGUGUGGGAGUGUGUGUAUGUGUAUGUGUUGCCCUUGGUUUCUUGGGCAUAGCAGUAGGUCAGUAUAGUUAAAGACCAUUCCAUGGUGGGGACCAGCUGUUGGCCAUCCUUUCAGAAGGGACCCGAUAAGUGACCCUUAACCUUUGCAUCCCCCUCGACAUCAUUUAGCCAGCCUCCUCUCACUGGCUAAGCAGAGCUACCUGUUCAAUCUUAGGUUUACAGAAUCGACCUCCAUCCCUCGCCCUGUCUCUCGCCUUAGCGGGGGAAUCAGGGAUGUAUCCCGAGUUUAUAAACACCAGCAUGAGGCAUCCAUCCUCCCAACCCGUCCCCUGUCUCUCCCACACCUCUCUCUCUCUCUCUCUCUCUCUCUCUCUCUCUCUCUCUCUCUCUGUCCGCCAACGUGCUUUUGUUCAAAUGGAUCUCUCCCCCCCCUGUAGAACCCUCUCUUGCAUGGCCUGAAAGCUUUCAACAAGUCACGGGGGGGUGGCCGAUGUGGCGGAGGAGACCGUGGAAGAUGGAAUUCCGGAGGCGGCGCACACCUCAUACAGGACCAGCAGGGGGCCGGUCAUGCAGGAAGCUGUUUGGAGGCAGCAUACAAUAAAAGACACACACACACACACACACACAACUAGGCGCUGAUCAUGUCCUCUUCACGUUCUCUCUUCAUCUCAGGAGUGUUUGGAACAGGAAAGGGCCGAGAGACUUAGCAGGAGGAGCACCAAUAAAAAAACGCUAAGGACUCUUUGUGCUUUAGUCUUAUGGGCAGGCCGCUGUCUCGGCUCAUUGAUGUUUAGUUUAACAUGGCUGACUUUGUUUUUGUCUCAUUAUGUUUUCCUGGUCAUUCACCCGCCCAUAAUUAGCAGGAUGCGUGCAGUGGUGGUUCGUGUGAGUUUGCAGUAUCCCUUUCAAGGAGUUUGCUCAGGCAUAAAAGUCUGUCUUUUCGUUGUUGUUGUUGUUGUUGUUGUCAUUGCCGUUGUUGAUGUUAUUGUUCUUGUAUAUGCUCUUGAUUCUUUGUUUGUUUGCAUCGUUGGUGCUGAAGGAGCGCAAAAUGAAUGUUUACAGUAAGGUAAAAAAAAAAAAAAAAGAAAAGAAAAACAACUGAGAAGCACAGGCUCGGUCCCAUGCCCGUCUGCGGACGGCUGCUCGGACCAGGAAUGAACCAGCAAUAAAGUCGGUUUCUGCUCAGGCUGAAAAUAGAUUUGAACUGCUCAGGAGUGUCCAGCAGGCUGGACAGACAUAUGCUCAGACAAGUCGGAAGUGACGUGUAGUGAGACGCAGCUUUUGAGAUCCUUUAUAUUUUUUAAACGGAGAAAUUCCAGAAUCUGAUGCUCAGGUAUUGAUUUGACCACAGUGUUCAGCGUUAUAGCAAUGAGUGACCACUAGGUGGUGGCAGACUUCUUGAUAUAUAUAUCUCUUUACCCCCACAAUCCUUGCUGUGAAGGAGAGAUGGCAUUUUAUUUUGCAUUCCAGUUGAGUCAGGCUAGAGCUCCCUGACUAUUUAGAGAACUGAACUGUGUCAUACUUCAUGUCUGUCACGAAUUUGUAUGUUUUUUUUUUUUUUUCUAUCCAAGUGAAGGGAUACUGCAUCUUCUCCAUAAACUCUUACUGCCGUAGGUCAUCCAUUUUUAAUUGUUGUCUUUUAUGGUAUACGUGUUGAACGUGUCAUUAGGAUGGCCGGGUGUUAAAAAUGAACUAGAUUUAAGUCAUAUCCUGUUCUUGUUCGCGGAGAGAUGUUGGCAAAAUGAACUAGAUUAAGUCAUAUCCUGUUCUUGUUUCGUGGAGAGAUGUUGGCUAAGAUGGCGCAAGCUGUGAAAUGAAAUGAAAUGAAAUGCCUCUGCCUGUUUUGCAAGGAGACGUGGUUUUGUGCUUUUGGACAAUUGCCAAUACGAUCCAAGAAUACACAGCUAAAGAUCAAAGCAAAGGAAGACCAGAACAAGAACUUACCAUUAAGGCCAGCAGGACCAGAACGGAACCAGAGCCGGACUCCUCAUGAUCCUGUCAUCAUGUCUUUGAUAUCUGUAAAACCGCUUGCCUACUGUAUAACCACUUAAAUGUCUGGAUCAAAAGCGUAAGAACUGGGUUUUAGGGUUGAGCAGACCAAAUGCCAGUGACCUCAAAAGACAGGAACUGGGUUUUAGGGUUGAGUAGACCAAAUGCCAGUGAACUCAAAAGACAGGAACGUUAAUUAUUGUGUUUGGGAUUUGUUUUACAUGAAAUGGGCCCAUUGUCUUGUUUAUUUAGUUUACUUGUGGUCCACUUAUAACACUAUUCGGAUCACCAGAAAUAAAACUAUGGUGUUAAGGCAAAACCUACAAUUAAUUCCGGCAUAUAAAAGCCAUUAGUAGACCCUUGUAAAGUAUGACUUAUUUUAUGUGUUGAUUUUAAGGUUAAUUUAAUUUAAUGUUAUUUUUCUCUUCAAUAUUUUUUGUAGCUGGCCUACAUGAUUAUAAGUUAUGGAUAACCUGGACAGUUAAAAGAAAUCAGUGUAAUCUCCUGACCUCUUGACCUUUAUGUUUGUUUGUUUGUUUGUUUGUUUGUUUGUUUUUUUCCUUUAUCUUUUGACAUCCCUCAGUAAUUCUGACUGGAUUGAAAUCCUCUGACGGGUUCCUGAGUGGGACUGCUGAAGGUGAGAAAGAGAAGGGAUGCAUCUGUUGCUUCUCUUCUCUUCUCGUCUCGUCUCGUCUCUUCUCUUCUCUUCUUGUCUCUUUCCCCUUCGAUGGUCUGAGGACCCGCUCGCUCCUGUUGGCUUUUAGGCCUCUCGCGUCCCUUCAGAAGCGGGCAGUGGAAGUUAGUAGACCGCAGUAUCCACUCGCGCGUUAGCUAAUGCUUUGAGUAUUGACAAACAGACCUAGCCAGCAAACCACCCAAUGUAUUUUGGGGACCCCUCUCUCCGGCGCGCCCUUUUAAGGGCAUUCUGUGUCUGUUGUCUGCUUUCAGGUCAUCACCCCGGCAACCAGGGAGGGUUGUCCAUCACCUUAUCUGGUGUCAGACUCCUGCACCAACAGGAGGGCUUGUUUUAAACGCAGGCACUUCACUGGCACAAUGCCAAAACACAUCCAGGGUACAGUGUUAGUUCUUAACCACACACACACACACACACACACACACACACACAAUGGUGUAAUCUUGACCCUGUGGUCAAGAUUGUCAGGGUGCAGACAUGUAUUUAGCUCUAGCAGUAGGUAGAGAUAGGUAGUGUUUUAACGAGUAGACUUUUACAAGCAGAGCAAGACCGACUCUGAAUAGAGGCUGACCCAAAUCCAGACCGGAUCCACUUCAGAAUGGGCAGAUGUUUCAGCCAAGAGGAACUAACACACUGUCAAGUUACAGACAUCUGCCAACUCUUUCUUUCUCUUUCUCUCUCUCUCUCUCUCUUUUCUCUGUGUCAUCAUAUUCUCUCAUUCUCAUGGAUAGUCCAUACUUCAACUGCUUUUCCCCCCCCAAACAGCUCUGUUAAUAGUAACUGACUUUGUGCAGAAUGUCAUUUAAUCUGUUGAAGCGUCAUCUCUUCCUGGUUUAUUUCUCUCCCCCCUCCCGUCUCUGUCGUUCUUACUCACAUCCCGCCUUUUUCCCGUCUCGCCUGUAAUUAUUUUUUUCUUGAAUGGCGUAAUGAUCAACCAAUCCUGAUAAUUUCCUGUAUUAGCCAGUGUACAGUGCAAUGGGGGGGAUGGGGGGAGGGGUGGGAGUAAACCUGAAGCAAACAACUGCAUGGAAUAAACACUGAUGUACUGUACCAAA